GCGACUUCAAGGGAAGCAGUUGAAGAAGGUGUGGAAGUUGAAGCUUUGGACUGUUUGGAGAAGGAUGAAGAGGAAGAAGAGAUUUGUAAUAAAGUUCCCUUUGUUGGCAUGGAGUUCCCAAGUAAAGAUGCAGUGCAUGACUUUGAAGUUGGUUGGAAUUCUCAUUUGGAAAGGUAUUCACUUCAAGAUGAUGAAUGGCUUAAGGUCAUGUUUGAAGAACGCCAAAGGUGGGUACCUUGUUACUUGAAAACUUCAUUCUGGGCAGGUAUGUCCACAACUCAACGAAGUGAGAGCAUCAACGCUUUCUUCGACCUUUUUGUGCACUCUAAAACAAGUCUAAAACAAUUCGUGGAGCAAUAUGGUUGUGCCUUAAAAUUUAAGGCUGAAAAAGAGUUUCAAGCGGACGCAGAGUCAUUUUCAAAAUUGGUACCGUGUGUUUCGAAAUUUCCUAUGGAGAAACAAAUGCAAGGAAUAUACACAAUGGCGAAGUUCAAGGAGUUUCGAGAUGAAGUGGUUGGCAAGCUUUAUUGUGACAUCAUUCAAUGGGAUGGCGGUAAAAUUUAUCAUGUCAAAGAAGAAGUUAAAAUAACAGAGGACUUUUACAAGACUGUUUACUUCAUAGUGGAAUAUGAUUCUGGCUUGUGUGAAUGCAAAUGUAGUUGUCAUUUGUUUGAAUUUAGAGGCAUUGUGUGUAGACAUAUGUUUAUGGUUCUACAGCGUAUACUCUGCUAGACAAAAAUGAAUGAAUCAAACAUCCCGAGAAAG